AUGACAAUCUUAAGUGCUAUUACCUCAAUUUCAAGACCAAACAAAGCAAGCAAAUCAUCUGUUUCAUCAUUUGGAGGUGCUUCAUUAUCAAUGGGAUCAAAUUCAGUAGCAUGCGGAGGUUGUGGUGGUGGUUCAAGUGGUCCAAGAGGCCCAGGUGGUGUUGCAGUUGGCGUAGCAGUAGAUGUUAAUAUUAAUUUGGGUGUUGUUGUUGGUGGUGUAUUAGGUCUUGUUGGUGGAAUUUUAGGCGGAGGUGGCUCAAGUGGUUCAUGUGGUUGCCAUUAA